AUGGCGCUCCCUCACCACCGCCGCACCCCGAGUGCACCGCCUUCCGCCCCGUCGCGCCGACCUGUCGCCGUCGUGACAGCCGCAGUGGCGCUCCUGUGCCUCCUGUCCCUCCUCUUGACCGCCCCUCGACACGCCCCGACCUCGCCCUCGGCACAGCGCGUCACCUCGCUCCUCUCCCUCACCUCGCUCUCGUCCCCUCUCAACCGCGACCGCGACGAUGACCCGGCCUCGACUGCCGCCCUGUCGUACCGCCGCCAGCUCGAGCGUGCAACCUCGCAACACUACCUCAACGCGUCGCGCCACUGGUUCGACCACGUCUACGUCCUGUCGCUCCCCUCGCGCGACGACCGCCGCCAGGACAUGCGCCGUCUCGCCGACGCACUCGGCAUCCAGGUCGAGUUUGUCGACGCCGCCGACAAGCAUGAGCCUUUCAUCCAGUGGAUCGCAGAGCGGGUCGUCGAGAGUCGCUCCCUCAGGAGGAAGGAGAUGGCCAAGGCGCGCGGUGUACCCGCAUCCCGCAUCGGCGGCCUGUCGAUCCGGUCCGACUGGCUCACGCCGUUCCCGGGCAACGGCUCGUCGCCUGUCGCCGCCGAGCGAGGGCGCUUCCCCGACUUCCCGAAGCAGUCGUGGGACGGCGGGUCCGCCUCGCCGCAGACCUGGGUCGAGCACCUCGAGACGCUGCACAGCGACGGCGGGCGGCACACGUCGCUGCGCCCAGCCGACGCCGACCUGAACGUGACGGCGGCGCUGUGGGACCCGCGCGAGAAGCUCGCCGUGCGCCAGGUGCACGAGGGCGUCCUGUCGACCUACUGGGGCCAGACGCGCGCCAUCAAGCGCAUGCUCGACAACGGCGACCGGCGCGCGCUCGUCCUCGAGGACGACGUCGACGUCGAGUGGGACGUCCAGUCGCUGUGGGAGUCGAUCGCGCGCAAGCUGCCGAGGGAUACCGAGGGCGACGACGCGUGGGACGUUGCCUAUUUGGGGCACUGCUGGGGCGGCGAGUAUCAAGAGCCCAUGUACCUUCACCCUCUCCUGCACCCGUCGACGGCACCCAUGUGCCUGCACGGCUACGCCCUGUCGCGCCCGGGCGCCCAGCACCUCCUCUCGUCGAUGCUCGACCCGUGGCGCGCCUUUUCGGCCGCCGUCGACGCCGUCGUGCCGGCGCUCCUGCACGCGCAGCGGGCCCUGCCGCGCUCGGCGCCCGAGCACCCGCUCGUGCGCAGCUACAGCAUCGUGCCGCCGCUCGUCGUGCAGCGCAAGGACGGGCCGAGCGACCUGCAGCGCGGGACGGGGAGCCCGUGGCGCGGCGUCCUGCGCGACUCGACGGUCGAGCGCAUCCGCAGGGACCAAGGCGUGUGGCACGACGGGUGGGAGGACCGGUACGACGAGCGCGAGGGCAGGGCAGAUCCGGCGACGGUGCUCCGGUGCGGCCAGGGCUGA